CGUCAAACUGACGCCGGUGAAGCGGAAGUUUCACCGUUGGCGCACAUCGCUUGAAGCGAUGGACUGGGAGCCACGGACCAACUGCCACGGCUACACGUACUAUUAUCACGUACCCACCGGUGCCAUGCAAUGGACUUGUCCAGACGAGAACUCGCUGGCAGGGGCGGAUGAGCGUUCCGACGACGAAGAAAAGAGCGCAGUUGAGGUGUCUGUGCAAGAGUCGGACUCGAGCAUCAGUAGCAAUGAAAGUGACGUGGCCGACGACAGCCCCGCGAAUCGACUACUGGAACUAAACCCAGUUGGCAUGUCGAAUGCCCCCGAGCACAUGCAUCGCGUCGUGCUCGACACAUUCGUGUGGCUCCUGCGAGAAGUUUGGCAAAGCCACGUUGAAAUCGGCCAGUUCGUUGCCGCGUCAACGCGAACGUUGCUGAGAACAGUGACCCCAUCGCUGCGGCACUUGCUUUCGCACGGAUCGUCUCCACCUUCUCUUCACGUGUCACCGUCGAUCCCUGCAACUUUCAUUCCUGCAAAAUCCACAGCUACUCCGCACGCGGUCCACGACUGGUCCACAUCGGUCGAAGUUCGACCAGAAAUGCCAGUGUAAUGGCUCCUGAAGUGAGGACUUUUUCUCUA